AUGUCGGAGAAUAAAUGGAAAUAUAUCCCCUGGAGCUUACACCCUGAGCACAUCGACUCGCUCAAGCUCUUGUUCGACAUUAUUGCCGACUACCCUCAGCUCUUCAUUCUGCGUGAUGAGCUUUUGUCAGUUGCGGAUGAAGACACAAGGACUGCUGAGACGCAAUGUCUCUCUUUGCAAUGUCAUGAGGUCAUCGCCAAACUGAAAAACUGGAGGGAGACUUUUGCGUCUGAUCCGUUUCACACCUCUUACGAGACACCCGCAUGUCAACCGAUACCGCUCAUAGAAGACGAGUAUGGCGCGUUGCAUCCAGCCUGGUCUACUGCCUUCAGAUACCGAUCACUCUAUCACGCGAACGCUAUCACAGUCUAUAACGCCGCUACCAUCAUGGCCCUCCGCUUCGCCGACAGCAUCGAUGCUGAGAUGAUGUCAUCUUCAGCGUACCAUACCCGACAGGAGCAGAUAUCGACGGCGGCGCUCACUAUAUGUCGUAGCGUCGAGUACCAUCAGCUAGAGGACUGGGGCGAACAGGGCUCUUUUGAACUGCUCUUUCCUCUGCGCAUGGCAUACGAUGGGAUCCGCGAGAAGGAGCCGACAAUAGCAUCAUGGAUCAUAUCUGUCAUGCAAGACAUGUCGGCUGGUAGACGAGGGCCCUGGAGAUCCGCGAAAAGCAUCCUAGAUGUUCGCAAGUGA